CUAUGGCUGAACGGGAUUGGCCUUAACUGAGUUAAUCCCGACGACAAUCCAACCCAAACCGCUUUCAAAGUUGCGUUUUCGGUAGAAAUUUGGCCCAAAGUCUCGAUAAAUUGAUUCAAUUUUAGAUAAGUAUUUUAAAAAUUCAAACAGAAUACCUCAAGUUGUUCAUCAAAUCAUAAGAACCCUAGUCCACCAUCUAAUUACGCUUACGCACACCACGGAGCCAACUAUCUUAAAUUGAAUAGCAUCGCACAGUAUAAACUACACUCUACACCCUCAAGAGCCUCACUAUUGCCAAUUUGCCACCAUUCUUUCGUUCUCUGCACUGCUUUGGUAGUCCCAGGGGAAGAAUAAAAACAAUGUUGUUGAAUGUUGCCGGUCGUGUUUAUUUCACUAUUGAUAAUAGGAGCAAUCAUUUUGCUUUAGAUUGAAAAUGAAGAAGCAUCUUGAUUUAAGUCAAUUGCCUGCUUCGAGCAAGAUUAAGUUCGAAGAGAGCGAAGAGAACGAUUCCUCAAGUGAAGACAGCGAGUCGUGUUCCGAAGAUGAGGAAGCGUGCAUACAAAAUGAACUUGCUGAUAUUCCCUUUGAAGAGUUGCAGAGGGCCCGUUCCGAUGGCACCCUUGCCUUACACCGAAAGCGUGAAUCUGAGAAUAAGUCUAAGCGAGCAAACAAAAAUAGGCCAAUGGAGGUGAGUAGCAAAAAGCCUGUUAGUAGAUUCAGAGAAGUAAUUCAAGUGCCUAAGAAGGUAGUACGUGACCCACGUUUUGAAUCUCUUUGUGGCACGCUUGAUGAAGAAGGGUUCAAGAAGAGAUACAAAUUUAUCUAUGAUGAGAACCUUCCCUCUGAAAAAGAAGAAUUGAAGAAGUUGCUGGGGUCAUCAAAAGACCCUGAAGUCAUUGAAGAAUUGAGGAAUCGCAUUUCCUUGAUUGACAAACAACUGAGGUCUGAUUCAACAAAGCUCAGGAGAGAUCAAAUUCUUUCUGAACAAAAAAAGAGGGUGAGGGAAGCAGUAAAGCAGGGGAAGCGCCCCUUUUAUAUCAAGAAAUCUGAAGUCCGAGAACAGAUGCACAAAGAGAAGUACAAUAAACUCAAGGAAUCUGGUAAGCUGGAUUCUUUCAUGGAAAAGAAGAGGAGGAGGAACGCUGCAAAGGACCAUAGGUUCAUGCCUUACAGGAAGGCUAACAAUGAUGAGUAACAUCACAACUCUUUUUGUAUACUUGAGAUAUUUACUGACCUGCCUAUGAGCAACCUCCCUUUACAUGUUUAAAUGCAUUCAGAAAUGAGAUUCAACAAUUCUGUGUGUACA